AUGGACAAGAAUCAGCGCAUUGUAAUUGUUGGAGCUGGCGUCUUCGGUCUUGGGACGGCCUUGACGCUGAAGGAGGAGGGCUAUACUUCCGUCACAGUCCUUGAUCGGUCUAUGCCACCCGUCCCAGACGGGUCUAGCAACGACAUUUCCCGUGUGAUUCGGUUCGACUAUGGCGAUGCUGUGUACGCAGCGAUCGCCAAGGAAGCGUACGACUUGUGGAAGACUCCUGAGUUCAGCGAUGCUUUCUACACCACCCCAUGCCUGUGGGUAUGCCAGGAAGGCAGUCCCGAACAGCCCGUGCAGCCCCUCGCUCAGGAGUACAGCGCGAAAACAAAGCGGGUUCUCACUGAGAUGGGCCAACCAUGGCAUGCCGUGACAAGCGUGGAAGCGGCCAAGGAACGAUUCCCCGAGCUCACUGGACGCCUGGCCACUCCCGGCUUCGAUGGCUUCUACAACACAUCCGCUGGAUGGGCCGACGCUGGCAAGGCCAUGAGCCGGCUAGCAUCCCGCUGUAUCCAAGCCGGAGUAUCUUUCUUGACGGGUCCCAAUGGGCAGGUCACCGAGUUUGAAAAGACUACCGACGGCACCAUUAAGCGGGUCUGCACCGCCGAUGGCGGCAAGGUGGAAGGCGACAAGUUCAUCGUGGCCACAGGUGCGUGGACCGCCAGUCUGGUACCAGCAUGGAAUUCGAUGCUCGCAGCCGGCCAGAUUGUUGGCUAUCUUCGACUCACUCCCGAGGAAGCCGUCCAGCUGAAGAACAUGCCCAUUUACUUCAACUUCUCCACCGGCUUCUUCUGUUUCCCACCCCACGAUGGCACGGGAUAUCUGAAAGUGGCUGUCCAUGGCUUUGGGUACACAAGGGCCACCGAGAAAGCCAACCUGUCGUCUCCACCAGCCAACUCUGUUGCGGCGCGAGCCAACUUCGUCCCCGCUGAGGGUUUGAAGAGAAUGGAAGCUGGUCUGAAGGAUCUUUUCCCGCAACUCGCUUCCCGCGGCUUCGCGCGGACGGGACUCUGCUGGUACAACGAUACACCCGCGGGAGACUUCAUUGUAGAUUACCACCCCGAACACAAGAACCUUUUCAUUGCGACAGGUGGAAGUGGACAUGCAUUCAAGUUCCUCCCCGUGAUCGGCAAGUACAUCGUCAGAGGCUUCGAGCGCAACCUUUCGCGGGAUCUCCUCGACAAGUGGAAGUUCCCCACCCAAUUCCGCGAGCGUUUCCAGAGCGAGGUCUUUGGUGGCGACGGCAGCCGUGGCGGUCCCGAGCGCCGGGAGCUGACCUCCGAGGAGCGAAACACUUUUGACGCUGCUUUGGCAGCCUCCGCCAGACAGAGCAAGAUUUAA